UUUGACACUUGUAGUGGAGCUAGAAAUUCUUAGAGGUAAAUUUCGAAAAAAAAAAAUAUGUCACAAGCUAGCUCGGCCCCAUGGUCUACACUUGGAGAAAAUACAAUACUUCAUCCCAUCUUAAAAUAGAGAAUUGACGAGUGAACUUUUACUGGGAGUAAUUACUUAAAGUUUAUGGUGUUAUUUUUUGAACUUUUAAAUAACCUAUUCAUCCCAAAGAGAAUGAUUGAAUUUGGUAGGCUACUUUAGCUCCAUAAUCUUAAUCUACAUUUGUGUUUAUAGGUGGAAUAAAAUCAGCAUUAGAUCUUUCUGAGGAAGAAUGGCGCAAUACUUUAAAUACAAAUUUGACAGGAUCUUGGCUAGUUUCCAAGUAUGUUGGAAGAUACAUGAAAGCUGCAAAAAGGGGAGGCUCCAUUAUUAAUAUUUCAUCUGCUGCUGGUUUAAAUAGAGUUUUAUUUCGUGGGGGUAUUGCCUAUAUCUCCUCCAAGGCAGCCAUGGAUUCCAUUACAAAGAUAAUGGCAUUAGAAUUGGGAGAAUACAACAUUAGAGUGAAUGCAAUAGCUCCAGGGCUUUUCAAAUCAGAGAUUACUGAGAAACUAGUAGAACAAGAUUGGCUAAAAAAUGUAGCAACAAGAACUGUUCCACUGAAAACUUUUGGAACCACAAAUCCAGCAUUAACUUCACUAGUGAGAUAUUUGGUCCAUGACUCUUCCAACUAUGUAUCUGGCAAUAUCUUUAUUGUUGAUGCUGGUUAUACUCUACCUGGCUUCCCUAUCUUUUCUUCUCUAUAAGUUAUAUCACUUGAAGAGGAAUAGUAGUAUAUUAUUGAUUAAAUAUUUUUCUAUUAUUAGGAAUGUGGUGUAUGCAUAAUUCAUGAAUCUUGUUUUUGA